AUGGGGAUCGGGGCCUUCUCCCAGGUCGUCUCAAAAGUAUGUGACUUCGAGACGAUCAAGAGAGUGUCAAAGCGGCUGCCGAACCAGCAGGAAAAGGAACGCUGCGCGGGGUUUAUCUUCGGGAUCAUCUUCCAGGUCGAGCUGGGUGCCGGCGUGAUCGCGGCCUCCAUCUCGACCUGCUCAGGGUCCCUGAACGUGCCCGCGAACUGCGCUGCCAACAUCGGGGCGUUCACUGGUGGGCUGGGAGUGCUCCUGCAGUCCACCCUUGUCUACGAUGCGAAUUGCCUCAACAAGGGCAAAACCCCAAUGGACAUCAUCGAUGCAGAGGAGAGGCGAAGCUGA